AUGCAGAAAAUCGCAACAAAGCACAUCCCGCGGCCCUGCACCCUCCUCAUACAUCCUCCUUUCAUUCGCUCUCUCUCCUCUCUCCUCUCUCCUCUCUCUCUUCCCUCGAACCCUAACCCCCUGACCCUCUAGCUCUCUUUCACUCCACCCUCGAAACCCUGGCAUAAGGAAACUCUUGCUCUCUCUUCACCUCCGAAACCCUAGCCCCAUUCUACACUUUCUCUCUUCCUGUCUCUCCUCCCUCUCUCUUCCACAUUCUCUCCUCCUUCUCUUCCCAAAAAGAACUCUUCCUUUCUAUAUCUUCACUGACUCGUCUGCGCUUCCACUUCUCUUUCUCUAUCAAGAUUGUUACAUUUUGGGGUUUCGUGCUCAGAUAUCUUCUCUGCCACCUAGGGAUUUCUUGGAGCUCCUUCUCGCUUUGAUUUUAAGGUCCAGGAUCUCUCCAUUGAAGACCUUGUUUAAUAAGUCAAAACAGAUGCUUCCUCACAAUGGAGACCAUGAUGUUAAAAUAGAAGUACCUUGAAGGCCAUAAUGGACUCUCACAAGGGAGCGUUAUUUGACUGUUAGUGGGAGACGUGGAGGGUCUUUCCUUCAUGACAUUUUACUUUUUGUGUGAAUUCAAGGUAAAUUUGUACAUCCGAACUGAGUUCCUUCUGGAUUUCUUUAGAAACAUUGGUCUUGUGUACCCCCUAGGGAUAUACAGGGAAUGUUUUAAGCACUCAAAAAAAGCCAAGCUAAAUUGUCUCACUUGAUUCAUGGCACUGACGACACACAAUUCUUUAAGUAUUGGACAAGAGUUUGCUGAUGUUGAAAGUUGUAGAAAGGCAUUGAAAGAGACUGCACUUGCUCUGCACUUUGAUCUCCGUAUAGUCAAAUCUGAUCGUUGCCGUUUCACCGCCAAGUGUGCCAAAAAAGGGUGUCCAUGGCGUGUACAUAUAGCGAAGCUUCCAGGUGUCUCGACCUUUACAGUAAGAACACUUCAUGGAGAACACACAUGUGGAGGAGUUGGUAACCUUCGCCAUCAACAAGCGUCAGUUGGGUGGGUUGCAAAUUCAGUGGAACAAAAGCUUCGAGAUAAUCCCCAAUACAAGCCCAAAGAUAUUUUGCAAGACAUUCGCCAAGAACAUGGGAUCACUGUCUCAUAUUUGCAAGCCUGGCGUGGAAAGGAACGUAGUAUGGCAGCUGUUCAUGGGUCUUUUGAAGAAGGAUAUCGUCUCCUCCCUUUGUAUUGUGAGCAAAUUAGAAGAACAAAUCCAGGCAGUUUUGCUUUGGUCAUUACUGGUCAGGAAAACCGAUUUCAACGUCUGUAUAUCUCUUAUCGUGCAUCGAUUUAUGGUUUUGUGAAUGCUUGCAGGCCCCUCCUCGAACUCGAUAGGAUACAUGUGAAGAGCAAAUACUUGGGGACUUUAUUGUGUGCGGCAGCUGUCGAUGCAGAUGGGUCACCUUUCCCUUUGGCUUUUGGCAUUGUCGACACUGAAAACCAUGAGAACUGGUUGUGGUUUCUAUCCGAGCUUCGUAAAAUGCUUGGAAUGAAUACUGAAAACAUGCCAAGGCUAACUAUACUUUCCAACCGAGAAAUGGGCAUAGUUGAUGCAGUUGAAGUGAAUUUCCCCACUUCCUUCCAUGGCUUUUGUUUGCGUUACUUAAGUGACAACUUCCGCAAAGAGUUUAGAAACACAAAGUUGGUCAACAUCUUUUGGAAUGCAGCUUAUGCCCUCACUACCAUGGAGUUCGAUGCCAAGAUUGUUGAGAUGGCCGAGAUUUCACAGGACACGGUCCAAUGGAUGCAAAACUACCCACCCCGCUUGUGGUCCGUCGCAUAUUUUGAGGGAGCACGGUAUGGCCACUUAUCACUUAGUAUCACCGAGCAACUCAACAAUUGGAUCACAGAAGCUCGAGAGCUUCCCAUAAUCCAAAUGAUGGAGUGCAUUCGUAGCCAUCUAACCACUUGGUUCAAUGAGCGGCGUGAGAAAGGCCUCCAAUGGACGUCGAUACUCGUGCCAUCAGCUGAGAAGCGUAUGGCUGAGGCCAUUGCAGAUUCACGAUGCUACCAAGUGCUCCGAGCAAAUGAGGUCGAAUUUGAGAUUGUAUCAACUGAGAGAACAAACAUAGUCGACAUUCGAAGUCGAUCUUGUUCGUGUAGGCGCUGGCAGUUAUUUGGGUUACCUUGUGCUCAUGCCACUGCUGCUCUUCUUUCUUGUGGGCAAGAUGCCCAUCGAUUUGCUGAAGGUUGUUUCACGGUUGUGAGUUAUCUUGAGGCUUAUUCUCAACCGAUAAAUCCAAUUCCUGAUAGAAACCUUUGGAAGGAGUUGAUGGAGGGAGGUGAGGGUGGUGGCAGUUUGCAUAUUGAUAUGAAUGUGCGACCACCCAAGACUCGCCGCCCUCGAGGGCGCCCAAGAAAGAGUCUCAUCCGUACUGAGGAAACUCGCAUAAAGCGUAUUAUGCAUUGUGGUCGGUGUAAUCAAAUAGGACAUUCCAAGAAAACUUGCAAGACACCAAUGUUACCUCUUAUAGACAAUUGAAUUUCUUUGAAAAAUUGAGUUCAUUUUGGGGGAGGGGGAAAUAUCUUUGCUUCUUGUAGUUCUGACAUAGCUUAAUUCUUUAUCGGAGAGCAUCUGAUACGCGUGACAAACUGAAAGUUCUGGAAUUUGAAUAUGUUUAUUCUUCCCAUUACAAGUUUGUCUAUUGAUGUUGGAGAACAGGAAAAAGGAAGAACAUGAAAGGCUUAUCUACUCUUUCCGCCAAAGGUUUCCUUGGUGUUUGGAAUCUGGAAUAGAGUUGCAUAGAAAUAUUAAAGAUCUGGCCCUUUUUCCUAACAUUGAUAGGGAAGCUAGGUUCAAACCCUCUACUGCAAUGUGGCAACAACAAUCACUUUCCGAAGUGCGACUUGCAGAUGGAACCUGAAGACCUGCUCAUUUCAAUGUUGAGUUGGAGAUCAACUGUACCUGGGUGAAUAUUCUGGUAGGCUCCACUGUGAACCUCCACUGUCCGUCUGGAAUGGAUGGUGUUGCUUCUUCGAGUACCACAUGCAUACUCAUUCAGAGUAGCUUCUUGCUUGUUUCGUCGCCCGCAAGCGCAGUAAGGGCGAAGUACCUGCUGCACAAGAAAUCAGGUUUUCCGUCAAUGUUCCCUUCCAUUUUUUCUACCCUUUGAUGUAAUCAUGAAACGUGGAUUUAUCAGAAAAAGGAAAAGAGAAAGUAAUCAUGCAUAUUCAUAGAACUUUCAUAAUGGAUUCGGGGAUGUAACUGAUGGCUUCAGUGGUUUGGGAUGCAACAAUUGUAUCCCCUGCUAUAAUACAUUUCAAAUGUAUCCAGAAAGCCAUCAAGAUCCUUGUUCUUUUCCUGCUUUACGACGAUCCAGCACUGGUGCGAAUCUGAAAAUUUGUAGCCAACGUCUCAAAUUUUUGCUAACUUAUAUUCCAAUGUAAGGAAUUCUUAGUUGCUCUUGUGGGUGUUUGAUUGAUCUCUAAUUCUGGCCAAAACUCAAUAAAUUCCAUCUUUGGUUUCACUU